AUGGCUAUUCUUUAUCCUGAGGCACUGCAGCUGAUUCAGGCGGAGGCUCAGCAACAUCGCGACGCAUUCGUCGAUGAUGGGGAACAUGUUAAUAUCAGCCAGGCACGGAAUCGCAUUGCUCGCGAGACCGUAACAAGUCCCAUAUCGACCCCAAAAUUCGAUACAUCGGCUAUGGACGGGUAUGCGCUGAGCUCCUCUGCGACACAGGAUGCGACCAUCGAACGCCCGGUGACAUUUGAGGUCAAGGGCAUGAUCGCCGCGGGAGAUGAGCCGUUGCUGAUCGCCGCUGACGAACAAUCGGGGGCCCCUGUCUGCGUGGAGAUUAUGACAGGAGCCCCCUUCCCGACCAGCGUGAGCAGCGCUGAAUUGGACUGUUGCGUGCGAAACGAGGAUGUGACAGUCACCUUGGACGAAGCGUCCAACCGCCGCUAUAUUCGAGUCUUCAAGCCAUCGAAAGCGCGGCAGAAUCGAAGGUUUGCAGGGAGCGACUUUAAGAAAAAUGACGUCCUUAUUGAUGCGGGAGAAGUGGUCCAUCCAGGCCACAUCCUGUCCAUGGCAUCGGUUGGAAUCACCGAGAUUGCGGUCAUGCGCAAGCCUCGGGUAGCUGUCGUCUCUACUGGCUCGGAGCUAGUGCCUCCUGGGAUUGAUCAAUCAUGCAUCCAUCGGAUCAGCGACGCGAACGGACCCUAUCUAACUGCGACCUUGGAGAGUUGGGGGGCCGCAGUGGACUUUUUGGGAAUCGUCCCGGAUCAUGCCGAAAGCCUAGAACAGGCUCUGGGUUCGAUUCUCACAAAGAAGGAAUAUGAUGUGAUCAUCACCUCUGGAGCUGUUUCCGCCGGACGAUGCGACUUGAUUCCUGUGGUGAUUCGUCGAUUGAAUGCUCGAGUCGUGUUUCACAAGGUCGCAAUGAGACCAGGCCAUCCUGUACUUUUCGCCCAGAUUCCUGAUUCUUCGAGCAAUGAAGGACAUAGCCGGAGGGAAACGGCGUUCUUUGGGUUGCCCGGAAACCCCGUAGCCAGUGCUGCCUGUCUGCGCUUCUUGGUCCUUCCAUACCUGAAAUACGUACAGCUGCAGCAACCAGACGAUCCAUCGCAUGCAUAUCUUCUCCCUCCUGACGACAUGGAAACCUCAACAACCAAAGAGCAUCCAGUAGUAUCUACAUUCCGUGGGGACAUGGACGUCUUUCGACCGGCGCUGGUCCGCGGCUCGUCAGGCCAUGUACAGGUAAAACUCAUACAGGAUCACAGCCCAGGGAAGAUCAAGCCUUUUCUGCAUUCAAAUUGUUGGAUCCAUAUCCACCGAGGGGUUUCCGAAUUGAAAGCAGGUGAGAUCGUCGACAUUUACCCAAGCCACUGA